CACAAAAUCAAUAACAAAGGAGCAAUAUAAUUUACAAAAACUGAAACCAUUUAUGAAGACCGUAAUUAAUUUUGGAGAUGAGAAACUUGGUGAGCAAGUUAUUGAUGGUCUUACUUCUAGGUGGAGAAGAUCACCAAUUCUUCAAUUAGGUUUUUUUUUUUUUCUCUUCUAUCUUGCUUUCCGUUAAGAACAUUAUUCAUGUCUUUGCUUCUCAAUCAGCACUCGAAGCUCUGCUUUCGGAAACCUGUGCUGGUGAGAUCCUCUCCUCAUCUUUCUAAUGGCCUCUCAUCUUUGUCGUUGCAAACUGAUUCUCAGACUCGUGUCUUGCUCUGCGCUGAUCCAUGUGGAGGUAAUCGGGGAAUAGCCAUGACUAUGAGGUCUAGUCGUUUUCUUCGAACCCUUUCUUUCGAAGGGUGGGAAGAGAUGAGUGAGAACGAAGAUAAGAUUUGUGCAGAGCUGCUCAAGGAAAUGGGAGCGAUAGGAUCAUGCGGUGGAUGGCUACCUACUUUGAAGGACGGCGUGUUGCGUCUCCGAGAAGUGAAUCUAAACCAUGAAACGGAUCGGAAACGCAUUUCGCUGCCUCCUCUUGUGACUCUGCCUCAUUGCCAAACACAAUAUGUCACCAACGUGGCCAUGUCUACGUCUUCCCCUGAAGAAGAGGACUGUGUUGUGGCUGUCAAGUUCCUGGGACCUCAACUCAGCUUUUGCAGACCCGCUCAAAGCAAUUCCGAGUGGAUCAACAUCAGAAUGACAGACCCCUGCUUCUUCUCCUCCCCUGUCAUGUUGUCCAAGAAAAAUGAGAUGUUGCGCAUAGCUGGCUCUGGAGGCCAACUCAUCGGAUCAUGGGAUCUCCAAAACCAUAGCAACAACCCCAAGUUGCAGAUCUUGCGGUUUCAAAACCUUCCCAAGCUGUCCGAGACAAAACGAGAACUUCUGGAGUCGUGCUACACAAGUGAACACUUGGUGGAGUCAAUAACCACCAGUGAAACUUUCAUUGUUAAGUUGUACAUGAAGACGGCAGAGAUCGACAAAGGUAUUCCGAGAAAGAAAACAGAAGCAAUAAUGGUGUUCAGGCUAGACGAAGAAGGAAACGCUGUUUACACUCAAGACAUCGGAGAUCAAAGCAUUUUUCUCACAAAUUCUGAAGCUUUCUGUUUCCCUUCGAGCUCCUCUCUCAGCCUGGGUCGACCUAACUUCGUCAAAAUCGUUGAUGUCAACGAAGACAGAUAUUUCAAGCUGGCUAAACAAAAGUGGGAUUGUUAGAGUCAAUCACUAUUCCAUCUCAAAUGGGAAUUGAGUUAAGAGUCUUAGAGUCUUGUCUUUUCUUUUAAACCUUUUAAACAUCGAUUAUGUUGGGACGAUGAACAUGUUGGAUUAAAAGAUCCAACCUUUUGCUAUAAGGUUGGUUUCUAUUAGCAGUCUCAGUUUGCUAAGAACGAAUACUAGCUUUUCUUCUUAACUUUCAAAUAACCAAUGAUUUUACCUGCC